CGAAAUCGAUUCGACUUUUUUUUCCUCCCAAAAAAAAAAAAAAAACUUCCCUUUUCGUCUUCAUCUUCUUUCAAUGGUCGGUCCCUCUACGUCCUGUUUCUGGGUGUUUCGUUUUAUAUAAACAGCGCGCGACUGUCUGGUUUCUCUGGGUGUUUCUCUGUUCUUGUGGGUUUUCGGCUGUUUUCGGUUGUCCGGUCGGCUGAAUGUUGAAGAAGAGUUCGACGACAUGAGGAAGAAACUCGACACUCGUUUCCCUGCCGCUCGGAUUAAGAAAAUUAUGCAAUCAGAUGAGGAUGUAGGGAAGAUUGCCAUGGCCGUGCCUCUUCUUGUUUCUAAAGCACUAGAGCUCUUCCUGCAAGAUUUAUGUGAUCGGACGUAUGAAAUAACAUUGAGAAGAGGGGCAAAGACAAUGAAUUCUUUUCAUUUAAAACAAUGUGUACAGACUUUUAAUGUCUUCGAUUUUCUGAAAGAUAUUGUCAGCAAGGUUCCUGAUUUAGGUGGCCACGUUACUUCUGGAGAUGACCGCACUGUCUGUAAAAGAAGGAAGGUUGAUGAUGAUGGAAAUGACAGUGACGAUGAUGCCAAAAGAAAUAAGAUGGCAGAAAAUGUACAUCAUGCUGGUGGUAGGGGAAGAGGACGGGGCAGAGGCAGGGGUCGUGGCCGAGUAAGUAGAACAACAGAUCGAGAGAUUAAUGCACAUGUCAAAUCUGAAGAUGAUCAUCAUAAUGAUGCAUUGAUGCGCACUCACAGCAAUGAAAGCAUGGAAAUUGGUACGGAACAUGACGUGAAGCCUUCCAUUGGCAAGACAUCAGAAGCAUGCUUUAGAAAUUUUGACUUAAAUAUGGAUCCCGUGGAGGAGAACGGAAAUUCACCAACCAGCAUGGCUCCUGUCCAACCUUGUCCAUCAGAAAAACCAACGUCAAUUUGUCCAUCUCAAAAACCAACGACAACUUGUCCAUCUGAAAAGCCAACCCCAGAACCGAAACACGAAGAAAUCCCAGGCUGGUCGCUGUCUGAUGUGGAAAAAAUGGCCAUUGAUCCUGUCCAACUGGUCAACAUGAAUGGGAGGUUGGAUGAAGAUGAUGAAGAUUAUGAUGAAGAAUGUUGAAGUUAGUGAUGGAGAACUAGGGUUAGAUUUAGGCUUCAGAGUUAUGACAGGUCCUUAGUUGUUAGGGAGACUAACUAACUAGGAGGUAGAUGGAGAUUGAAAUGCAGUCAGGUUAGUUUUAGGCUGACAUUAUUAGCUUUCAUUUCAGAUACUACAAAUAUGUAAGGCAGUGUGAUACUAUGUUCUUAUUGAUUAGUUCACCUUUUAGUCCUUUAAAA